CUCGGGGUGCCUGCAAGCUGUAUAUACUUGUGACUCGGGUCGGGUGGCAGAGGAAGCCACAUUGCUGGUGAGCGGGUGUCGGCAUCCCAGGCUGCCCUGAGCUAUCUUCGGCAUCUCUACCGCACUCCAUUUACUCGGAAAGAUGUCUCAAUUCACACUGCCUGUUCUACCAGUGCUCAAUGACUCAUCUGAGAGCAACGAAGCUAUUAAAUGUUUUAUGUCUGCAUUAGAAUCAAUGUGUAAAGAGUUUGCCAAGGUCAAAGCUGAAGUAGCUUGUAUUGCUGUGUAUGACUCAGAAGCACUAGUUUUUGGCAGCAACAGAGGAAGAGCCUUUCUAGAUGCAAGAAAGGAUUUGCAGAAAGAUUUUAUACAGUAUUGUAACGUGGAGGAAAAUACUUUUACCGAAGCUAUUGUUAUUAAGACUUCAAGAGCAGAAGCAGCAGCAGAUUGUGAUAUUGAGUCUUUACGGAAGUCAGUUGAGGAUUUGUUCUGCAUUUGCUAUGGGAAAGCUCUUGGAAAAGCAACACCAGUGCCUGUGCCCUAUGACAAGAUGUCAAAUGAUCCAACCGCGGUUACAGUCUGUGGGCUCCCAAAGGGAAUGGGAGUUGUAGAUCCAUCAAAAUAUAGCCUUCACUCUUUGAAGCAGAUUAUGGACAAUAAAUCUCAGCUGUGUUUUACUAUUAAAAGGCCUUUUAUUGAUAGAAGAAGAUCCAAACGAAAAGAAAAUGAAAUUGCUAGAGAAGCUGAGGCAUCUUUCUCUGAAAGUUAUUCUCCUGUUCAGGUGAAGUCCGAACCAAGGCACGACCCUGGGAGCUCUCCUGAGUUGACCACAGUGACAAUAAAAGAAGAAUCUGACGACCAAGAAUACUAUCAGUUUAAUUUUCAAGGAUACGGUUUUGUUGAAGAGUCCAGUGAAGGAGCUGAAAUGGACCACGUUGAAGAUUCAACGCUACAAGCGCCUUCUGAAACAAGUGAGGACCCUGAAGUUGAGGUCACCAUAGAAGAAGAUGAUUACUCGCCACCACAUAAGAAGAAGAUCAUUGAUCAGUCAACACAAUGCAAAAGAAAAGCACGAGAGUUUAACUUUGAUAAGUGGAAUGAACGAAUUACAGAACUAAGGAAACAAGUGGAGGCAUUGUUUGAGAGAAAAUAUGCCUUAGCUAUAAAUACCACAGAUUCCGUAUCAAUUCCAUAUCACCUCUUCCAAUCCUAUACAGAAGAUUUAUACGUGGAAGGACUCCCAGAAGGAAUUCCUUUUAGGAGACCUUCGACUUAUGGAAUUCCACGCCUCGAAAGGAUACUGUUAGCCAAGGAACGAAUACGAUUUGUGAUCAAAAAACCUGAGGUUUUGACUUCUGCAAGAGAACCCUUACUCAUUGAAAAACAAAACACAGGAGUGAAAGAAGAAUGGUAUACCAAAAUAACAAAGCUAAGAAAAAUUGUUGAUCAGCUGUUUUGUAAAAAGUUUGCUGAUGCUUUGGGAAAGACUGAACCUAUGCCUGUACCAUACCAGAAAUUUGAGGCCAACCCCAGUGAUAUGUAUGUUGAGGGAUUGCCUGAUAAUAUACCUUUCAGGAGCCCCUCCUGGUAUGGGAUCCCAAGGCUGGAGAAGAUAAUUCAGGCUGGCAACAGAAUCAAAUUUGUGAUCAAAAAACCAGAGUUGCUUACGCAAACUGCACCAGAGUCUCCUCAAAACAAAAGUAAUUCAGGAGUCAAAGAAGACUGGAAUGUAAGAAUUACCAAAUUAAGAAAGCAAGUGGAGGAAAUAUUUAAUACGAAAUUUGCACAAGCACUAGGACUUCCUGAUGCUGUAAAAGUCCCAUACCCUGUGUUUGAGUCAAAUCCAGAUUUCCUAUAUGUAGAAGGAUUACCUGAGGGGAUUCCAUUCCGAAGUCCAACGUGGUUUGGAAUCCCUCGACUUGAAAGAAUUGUACGGGGAAGUGCCAAAAUCAAGUUUGUCGUUAAGAAGCUUCCACUUGUUAUUUCCCACAUUCCUCCUGAGCUGGCAGAUAAAAUAAGUGUUGAUGCAUUACAAAGCUCAGAAAACAAUGAAAGUGCAAAGAACAACACAGUGGAAGGUACGAAUGAAGGAGAUGACAAAUUGUCAAUUUUAGAACCUCAUGGCUUUGCAGGUUCUCAAGAUAAGACUGUUGUGCGCCCCAUUCCACAAACAAAUGGUUCCAAUGUGCCAUGCAAACCCAGAUCCAGAGAAUUUUCCUUCGAGGCGUGGAAUGCAAAAAUUACAGAUCUGAAGCAGAAAGUUGAAGCAUUAUUUGAUGAAAAAUGCGGAGAGGCACUAGGUAUGAAGGAGCCUUUCAAAGUCCCAUUUGCACUAUUUGAAUCCUACCCAGAGGACUUUUAUGUGGAAGGUCUUCCAGAAGGAGUUCCUUUCCGUAGACCGUCCACGUUUGGCAUUCCUAGGCUGGAGAAGAUUCUUCGAAACAGAGCCAAGAUAAACUUUGUAAUCAAAAAACCUGAAAUGUUUGAAGCUGCAGCCAAAGAUUUCCCACCGUUACAUCCCCAAAAAAGGACACGUUUUCAUAACCCCUCACUCACCGCAUCUGGACUUGAAGAUCUCAAUAUAAUACAAGUAACUAUACCAGAUGUCGACAAUCAAAGAGUAGUUAAAGUAGACAAAACACGUCAGUUGAGGGAGCAGGUCAAUGAACUCUUUAGCCGAAAGUUUGGUGAGGCUAUUGGUAUGAACUUUCCAGUGAAAGUCCCCUAUAGAAAAAUAACCAUAAAUCCAGGGUGUGUGGUAGUAGAUGGGAUGCCACCAGGGAUUACAUUCAAAGCUCCAAGUUAUCUGGAAAUCAGCUCCAUGCGCAGGAUACUAGAUUCUGCUGAAUUUAUUAAAUUUACUGUAAUUAGACCAUUCCCAGGGCUGGUGCUUAAUAAUCAAGCAACUGAUGAAAGUGAUUCUGGACCAUCCACAGAAUCUGGUAAAGACAAGAAGAGCCAAGAAGAAGAAUCUGUGAAAGAAGAUACGUCUGAUGUAAAACAGGAGACCGAUACAACAUGCUAAAGUUAUAGAGGCUGAAAAGAGCACUGAGGAUUUAUAAUACAGUCAGCAAAUAGAAGAAACUUCUAUACGGACCAUUUUUUGUAUGUUUUAGAUAGAAAUGUCUACCUUUUUUCUGCAGUUCUAUGAAUUGGAUUAUAAAAGACUGUAACAACAAAAUGGCAACGUCUGGAUAACCAGGAAAAUAUAUUUUAAAUUUGGAGGCGUUUGAUCAUAUAUUUCUCUUCAUACCUAUUUUUGAGUUUUGCUGUUUGACUUUUAAUUCUUUCACUUCUUCCUGGAGCCUAAUCAUAAUGUAACUUCCUGGGGAGACGUGGGAUGGGGGACGUGUAGAGUUCAAAAUGGAGGAGACUAUGAGAACGGUCUUACUCAGCUCUGCUGGGAAACAUGCUGCUGAUUCAAAGUCCACAUCCUGUAUGAGUUAAUUUUCGUUGCAAACUCCUCUGAAUGACUCUAUGUUGAUCACACUGCAUGUGUUAGUUUGUUUUCCUCUACCAAGAACCUUUUGUAAAGAAAUAUCCUGGUAAUGGCAAUACUGUAGGUUCCUCAACCGUAUAUACUGAGAUGGAAACACAAUUGCAAAUCCAUUUUUGCCUUCAUAGCUGGAUUGAAGUAUAACAAAAAAUCUCACCCCCUUGUACUACACUACAUAUAAAUAAACAGAUUUUUU